AUGUGGCAAGAUGAAUGGAAUGAAAAGAAAUCCGUUAGGCGAAGCUUCUCAUAUCUCUACACAAUUGUGAUGAAUCAGAAUGCAACUAUUGUAUGCAUAUUGGGAAAUGGGGACCUAACUUAUGUCAGGAGCUAUCUAAUGACUGCAAGGAGUUGUUUUCUGUGCUUGAGAACUGCAGAAACCCCUGGUCACUUUGCACUGUGGUUAUGCUUGGGAAUUCAGAAUCUUCAAACAAUUCAAAAGCAACAGGCAGCAAAACAUUGCAAGUGCACCAUAGUUGAUGUCGAGAAUAUGUUGGCAAAGUUUACUUGGGCAAAAGAAGCACAAAUGAAACUUGAGAAGAUGAAGGAAGAAGGGAAGCCAUUGCCAAAGAGCAUGGCCGAGGUUCAAAAGUUGAUGGGUUCAUCCCCGCUGGAUGUUGCACGAUCAAACAUGGCUAAGAGUGGGCAAACUAGUAGGAAUGCAUUCUGUCCUUGUGGUUCCAAGAAGAGAUACAAAAGGUUCUUAAACUUUUCUUAUUGUUGA